CAAAGACUCAAAGACCCUGAAGUCUCGCGCUUUUCCCAUGGCCACCUUGAUUCUGGACAGCGAUGAGGAAGAGGAUGUGGUCAUUCUCUCGGAACUCCCAGCGCCGAAACCAACGAAGCUGACGAAGGUUCAAAAGAAGCGACUGAAAGAGAAGAAGCGCAGAGAGCGCAAGAGGUUGAAGAAGCAGAAGCAAUCUGAAGCUGAAAAGGCGAAAGAAUUGGCCGUGAAGGCGAAGGCGCCCCCGGCGAAGCCAAAGCCGCCGACCAAGAAGGCCAGGUCGACCGCAGCGGCCGGCGCUCCCAGCGAAACGGCGGCCGUGGUGAGGGAGCUUUGCUAUCGUGUUCGGACGGCCGGAGACUAUCCAGCGGCCCUUUGCGCGGAAUGCCGACGUCCACUGGAUGCGCAGGGGCGCGAUGUGGCGGUGGUGGAAGUGGAACGACCCUGGCUUCGGGAGCCCUGCCUGGUGCAUGCACAGUUGUGCUGUUUGGCAGCGGCUGGCUUGCUUCAUCCGGCACGCCCAAGCGAGCUGACUCAGCGGCGUCAGCUCUGGGCCCCGGCGGGGCUGAUCCAGCGGCCCAUGGAAGUAAGGACCAGCACUGAGACCCAUGGCGUCCUUCGUUCCAUUGGCCUCGCCCCGCGUGCCCGACCCGCUCGGCCGUUGCGACCGGCCGCGGACGGCGAGCGUGUGGCCCGUGGCGCCGGGAGUGGGGUGGAUGCAAGGUCCUUGGCCUCUGCCCGGCAGAUGGCCGUGGCUGCCGCCCUCCGCGCGGUGCGCCGCGCAGCCGACGACGCGGCGGGCAUCCGCCGCCCGCGGCGUGUGGCGGCGACGGCGACGGCCAAGUCGUCAGCUCUGCUGGAGGCGCUGCUGGAGGUGCUACCGCCGGCGCAGCAUGCGCAUCGGGAAGACAUCCCCAAGGGAGAGUACUGCGCGAUUUGCCACGGGAAGCUCUUCAAGAGGUCUCGAAAGAUACGGUCCUUGCCAUGUGGUCACACGUUUCACGACUCCUGCAUCCUCCCAUGGCUGUCGAAGAGGGCGACUUGCCCGUUGGACCGCAGUGACUUCAGUGAUCUGCUGAAAGAAAAGUGA